AUGUCUCCAACCAACAAAGCACAGGACCUCUUCAACGUAAACGGCCUCGUCGCCGUCAUCACUGGAGGAGGCUCAGGCCUUGGCCUUUAUGCUGCUAGAGCCCUGGAUGCUAACGGCGCGAAAGCAAUAUACAUCAUUGGUCGACGCGAAGAGACACUCAAAGAAGCAGCCAAGACUGCCGUCAACGGAACCUUGAGACCCAUCGUUGGCGAUGUCACGGAUAAGCAGUCCCUCCAGAAGAUCGCAGAGCAGGUCCGGAAGGAAGAAGGCUACAUCGACCUUUUGUUUGCCAAUGCAGGCAUCAGUGGACCCAAUCACGUGAAGAAUGUACCCGACAAACCAAGCGUCAAGGACUUCCAGAAAGCGGCAUUUGCAUCUGAUCCUGAGGAAUUUACGCAGGCGCUGCACGUAAAUAACACGGCGGUCUUCUACACGACCAUUGCCUUCCUCGAUCUGCUUGAUGAGGGCAACAAGAAGGGCAACGUCCCACAGGAUAGCCAGGUCAUUGUGACCUCAAGCGUGGCCGGGUUUAGCAGGUUCCUGGCUUCGUCAUUUGCGUACUCGACUUCCAAAGCUGCUGUUAACCACCUAGUCAAGAUGCUAUCAACGUAUUUCAAUCAGAACGGGUUCCGCAUUCGCGCCAACCUGAUUGCACCUGGGCUAUAUCCAUCAGAGAUGACUCAGGGGAAGACAAAAGACAUGGAGCCGUUCGGAGGGGUCAAGGGGCAUGAUGCUUUCUCAGGUGCUUAUAAGGCGGACGCAUCCUUGGCUCCUGCUGAGAGAACGGGCAGCGAGGAGGACUUUGCGGCUAAUCCUACCAGGGAGCUAGAACGCGACUUGGUACCUGAAUGGCGCGUCAAGUAUUUGGAUUACAAACUCGGCAAGAAGAAGCUCAAGGCGAUCCAACGCGCGCUCCGGACCGUUCACCAGACACCCCGCACGCGCUUCCGUGGUCCCAAUGGCUUCACGCCCUCGCCCUACGAUACUGCGCCCAAAUAUUCCUUUCUCAAUCGCAACCAUGGACAAGCCACGGCGACUGUCGAAAGACAGCCCGGGGACUUGAGGACUCUGGCGAUUGGCAACAGCUUGUCGAGGAGGAGCUCUCCGGAGGAUAUUAGCAAGGCGUCCCCAGCUGUCGGUGUGGCGAAGGACGAGGAAGCGCCAUUGAAUGCACAUGAUGACCCGAAAUUUCCAGGAAUGACGCGAUACGGCAGUAUCAUUGGAUCACCACCUAAAGCCAGAGGGAAGGCAAGGGCGCCGCCGUCUUUGAAACUUCCAGGGGCUGCUCUGGACGCUGACGAGGUCUCUCCACGAUCCGUACCACCGCCAGAACCCUCGACACCGAAGAAUAGAACUACGGACAUGGAUUUUGGUCCCAUUGAAGGGAUAGGCUAUGAUAACCAGGGACAAGGGCCCCCGAAUGCUUUCGAGGUUGGGAAGACGCGGUCGCCAACACACAAACACACCAAGUCUCUACCUGCAAGAUACAGGAGUAUCUUCACACCUAAGCGUAUGAACUCAAACCCAUCCUCGCCCGUCACGCAGGCACCACGACCGCUACUAAGCCGCGUAUUCUCUCUCAAUCAAAAGGAUCCACAACCAUCAAGUCCGGACGAUGUUCCACUCGAAGCCUACCGCGAACUUGACCUGCGGCAGACAGAGUUUUUCCUCUUUCUAGAUAUGGAAUUAGAUAAGGUAGAGACCUUCUACAAGCAAAAAGAGGACGAGGCUACAGCUCGUUUGGCCGUCCUCCGGGAACAGCUGCACAUGAUGAGAGACCGGCGGUUAGACGACCUUAUCAACCGUCAGGCCGCCAAAAUCAAAGCAAAGGCCCAGAAGCAGGCAAAGCAUGGCGAUGUGGGCAGACCUUUGAUGAACGGUCAACAAUCAGGCUCUGAGGACGACACAGACGUCAAGGACAAGACUCAAACUGUGCAAGCAGGCAGAUAUGGGAAGAGUACGAAAGCGAUGAAUAACCUUGCGACGCCAACCAUGGGACCAGUUCGACUGGACGAGUACCGCGACUAUGUUCGCCGCCCAGAAACGGAUGUUUCGUACGACACCGCGAGGAGAAAGCUCAAGGUGGCAAUGCAAGAGUACUACAGAGGUCUCGAACUGUUGAAGUCUUAUGCGUUACUCAACAGAACUGCUUUCCGCAAAAUCAACAAAAAGUACGACAAGGCCGUUAAUGCGAGGCCAUCUUUACGGUAUAUGACAGAAAAAGUGAACAAGGCUUGGUUCGUCAACAGCGACGUCAUCGAAGGACACAUACAACAAACAGAAGAUCUCUACGCCCGAUACUUCGAGAAGGGCAAGCGCAAAGUAGCAGUCGGGAAACUUCGAAUUAAGAUUGCCCGCGCCGGCGACUAUACAGAACAGUCAUUUCGAAACGGUCUUCUACUGGGAUUAGGCGCCGUUUUCGGGAUCCAGGGGAUUGUCAAAGCCGCCCAACUACUCUAUUCCCAUGAUGCGACCUUGGCUAUCAACACAAGCUAUUUACUUCAGUGGCGAUUGAUUUGUGCUGGAUACUAUCCAGUAGAAUGGAGGGACUUCUACAUGGGCGACAUGUUUUGCUCUCUCACGUACAGUAUGGGUAAUAUCGAGCUAUUUUUCUGCCUCUACGCCAAUUACUGGAAUAACCCGGCCCAAUGCAACUCGUCAAAUUCCAGACUACUUGGUUUCUUUGCCACACUUCCCGGCAUAUGGCGAGCAGUACAAUGCUUCCGUCGUUACCAUGACACCGGAAACGCCUUCCCGCAUUUGCUCAACAUGGGCAAGUACAUGGCAACGAUCAUCUUCUACAUGACGCUAAGCAUCUACCGCAUCGAUAAGACCACCGCUAAUCGCGCCGUGUUCAUCACCUUCGCCAUCGUCAAUUCCAUCUACACAAGUUUCUGGGACGUCUACUACGACUGGAGUCUUGGUGAUCCAAGUGCCAAACACCCAUUCCUCCGACAGAAUCUAGGCUACAAGAAAGUAUGGAUGUACUACCUCGCUAUGGUCAUCGACCCCAUCCUGCGCUUCAACUGGAUAUUCUAUGCCGUAAUGCCGCUCCAGCUCCAACAUUCGGCCAUCACUUCAUUCUUCGUGUCCUUCUCAGAGGUAUUCCGGCGAGGUAUGUGGUCCUUGUUCCGCGUCGAAAACGAGCACUGCUCCAACGUCGGUCAUUUCCGUGCCUCGCGCGAUGUCCCAUUGCCGUACGAACUUGCAUCGUCCGAUACCGACGGCGCCACCUCCCAAGACCACGGUCAGCGAGUCGACGAAGAACAGCCGUUGACCCCACACCUGAGUCGAACAAGCACUGCGCCGAUGCCACCCUACGCCUCCGGUGCCGAUGUCGGCAGCAUCUCCGCGCGUCGUCGUCGUGCAUCUGAUACAGGCUUACAGCAGCAGCCCAGCCCCAUGGCGCGGGGUCUGCAGCGCAUGGGCACGGCGCUUCGGACGGCGCACAACCAGGAUUUCGAGAAGAAAAAGAAACCUGAGUUGGGUGAGGCUGCGGCAAAGGACGAUGACAGCGACGACGAAGAUGAUGAUGACGAUGGUGAAGGGCACAGUGGGGAGACGAGCGAUAGGGAAAGUGCGAGGGAGAUUGAGAGGGUGAGGAGUGAGGUUGAAGUUGGAAGGGCGGGGCCGGCGAGUUAG